AGAAAAAAGCUAGUUGUCUACUUGACUUCGUAUAUCGCAGUCUUCUCCUCCUCUUUCCAGUUAGUUCCUUGCUUUCUUUUUCCUUUCUGACUCAAAUUAUUAGAACAGUUGGGAAUUAGGUUACAUAGGUUCAAAAUUCAGAUCGCGAAUUGGGAAGUAGGAUAUUGCGCCAUGAAUUUCUGAAUCCUAUACGCACUGAUCGAAUUCUAAUCGCUCAAAACUUCAGAAUUAGCAAUAUCAUUAAAUUGGCUUAUGGAGAAGAAUAAUUCCUUCAACUUCACAGCCAAAUCAGAGAAUGAGCUUCAGAGUUCCUUUAAUGGCGAUAUGGGACUUGGAGUCAACGAUCGAAGAUUCGCUUUUUCCCGCCAAGCCUCGUUUCAGCAGUACCAGGAGCCUUGGACGCCGGUUUCGAACAACCUGAAUGAUUCCCUCGCCGGUAGGCCUUUCCUUUCAAGAAGUGUCUCCAGUAUUGAUAUUCCUCUUCCGGAGGCUUACGCGGCCGAAGAGAAUGUUAAAUUCUUUGGAGUAGGAGAAGUUUCGGACCAGAAAUUGUCGGUUUCAUUGCUUGUGGGUUCGGUAUUGCGGAUCAUGAGCUCUGGGAGUAGGUAUAUGAAGAGGUUGUUCAUGUUGAUUUCGCUUAACGUGGCCUAUUCAACUACUGAGCUAUGCAUUGGUCUUCUCACGGGGCGUGUAGGAUUGGUGUCUGAUGCAUUUCAUUUAACUUUUGGCUGUGGUCUCUUGACUUUUUCAUUGUUUGCUAUGGCUGCCUCUCGAGGAAAACCUGACGGAAUUUACACUUAUGGGUAUAAGCGGCUUGAGGUUUUGUCUGCAUUUACCAAUGCUCUGUUCCUUUUGUUUAUGUCAUUCUCUUUGGCCGUGGAAGCUCUUCAUGCAUUCAUUGAAGAUGAAUCUGAACACAAGCACUACUUGAUUGUUUCGGCGGUGACAAAUUUGCUGGUGAACCUUAUUGGGGUUUGGUUCUUCAGGAACUAUGCUCGUAUAAAUUUAACAUACAGAAAAGCUGAAGAUAUGAACUACCACUCAGUUUUCCUGCAUGUUCUUGCAGAUUCCAUUCGCAGUGCAGGUUUGAUAUUGGCAUCCUGGUUGCUGUCUCUUGGUUUUCAAAAUGCAGAAGUUCUGUGUCUUGGACUAGUCUCAGUUACAGUUUUUAUGCUUGUAAUGCCGCUCUUCAAAGCAGCUGGUGGUAUUUUGCUCCAAAUGGCACCACCAAGCGUUCCACCUUCUGCAUUAAGUAAAUGCUUGAGACAGAUUUCUGCCCUCGAAGAUGUAUCUGAAGUUUCUCAAGCUCGGUUUUGGGAAUUGGUUCCAGGUUAUGUUGUUGGCUCACUCUCAAUACAGGUGAAAAAAGGGUCAGAUGAUCGAUCAAUUCUCCAAUAUGUGCAUGGGUUGUACCAUGAAUUGGGUGUACAAGAUUUGACUGUGCAAACUGUCGAUAUCUGAGCUGUUAUUGUUAUAAUUUUUUUUCUCUCACCUUCAUAACUGUUUCGAGUCUAGUUUACGUGUAGAGUUAAUAUUAUUAUCAUUCAUUGGUAACAAGUAGGGAACUGGAUCAGAAUUGUUCAUUUAUUUUUAUCACCGUCCUUGCAUUUCCUGUAGAACUGUAAAUUCUUUUUAUAAAUAUUGAUUGAGAAUAUACGGCACACGGUAGUUCUUUGUCAA